CAGGUCUGCAAUGUGAUGGAGCCAAACCAGAAUAACUGGCUACAGACGGGUUGGAUCUUGAGAAGGAGUGGUCAAAGGAUCUUUAUUGAGCUCAAAUUCACGUUGAGGGAUUGUAACAGUAUUCCUGGAGUUGUAGGGACAUGCAAGGAAACCUUUAACCUCUACUAUAUUGAGUCUGAUUUUGACCUGGGGAGAAAUAUUAAGGAGAGCAAAUAUGUGAAAAUUGAUACCAUAGCAGCUGAUGAGAGUUUCACCCAGGGAGAUUUGGGAGAACGCAAAAUGAAACUUAAUACAGAAGUAAGGGAGAUUGGGCACCUUAACCGGAGAGGCUUCCACCUAGGAUUUCAAGAUGUUGGGGCUUGCGUUGCCUUAGUGUCUGUGCGUGUGUAUUAUAAAAAGUGCCUCUCUACAGUGCAGAACCUGGCAGUAUUCCCAGACACAGUGGCAGAGGCAGCAUUUUCAACUCUGGUGGAAGUUAGGGGGACCUGUGUUAAUAACUCUGAAGUAGAUCUGGAUAAUCCACCCAGGAUGCAUUGCAGUGCAGAGGGGGAAUGGCUCGUCCCUAUUGGAAAAUGUACUUGUAGUGCUGGAUUUGAAGAAAAGGAUGGUAGCUGCACAGCUUGUCCUCCUGGGCUUUACAAGAUGUCUAGUGGAUUUGCGCGCUGUGUUCCUUGUCCCCUGCACAGCUACACAACUCUAGAGGCGUCUACUGUUUGCACCUGUGAGAAGAAUUUUUAUCGCUCUCCUCUAGAUUCUCCUUCCACAUCCUGUACAAGGCCCCCAUCUGCUCCAAGAGACCUCCUUUACAGCAUGAAACAGACAACAGUAGUUUUAGAAUGGAGCGCUCCACUGGACUCAGGAGGGAGAGGAGAUCUGGCCUAUAAUAUAUUCUGCGACAGAUGCUCGGUGGCCUUUCAGCAAUGUGAGGCCUGUGGCAGCAGCGUUGGGUUUGUACCACAGCAAUAUGGAUUAGUGGAUCGGACAGUUACCUUAGUGAAUAUAUUAACCCAUGUCAAUUAUACAAUUCGUGUGGAAUCUGUAAAUGGCGUUUCCGAUUUCAGUUUAUAUUCUAAGCAAUUUGCAGAAAUUAACAUCUCGACCAGCAAUGCAGCACUGUCUUUUAUCACUGAUAUUCGUGCAGACAAAGUUGAUCAGAAAAGCGUCACCUUGUCUUGGCAGGAACCACCUUAUCCUUUUCUCAACAACACAGAAUAUGAGAUCAAGUACUAUCAAAAGGAUCAAAGGGACCAAAGUUACUCCACAGUGAAAACAUCUCUGACAACAGUAACUAUUCAUAACCUGAAACCUGGGACUAUUUAUGUCUUUCAAAUCCGCACAUCGUCUUCUCAGGAUUAUGGGAGCUACAGUCCUACCAUUGAGGUGGAAACAUUAGGUGAAUGUAAUCGUGGGAAAAUGUUUGUUUUGGCUCUGGCGUCCAGUGAGCAGAAUCCUCUCAUCAUUAUAGUCGUUGUAUCUGUGGCAGGAUUUAUUGUGUUGUUGUCCAUGGUGAUUGGACUCAUGAUAUGGAGGAGGCAAUGUGGCUACAGCAAAGCAAGUCAAGAUGGUGACGAGGAGCUUUAUUUCCAUUUCAAAAUUCCAACAAGAAGGACCUAUAUAGACCCUGAUACAUGUGAGGAUCCAAUGCAGGCAGUUCAUCUUUUUGCAAAGGAACUGGACAAUUCCAGCAUCAAGAUUGAAAGAAUACUUGGCACCGGAGACUUUGGUGAGGUUUGCAAGGGAUGCUUAAAGCUUCCCAGCAAGAGAGAACUUCCAGUUGCCAUACAGACCCUGCGUGCAGGCUGCUCAGACAAACAGAAGAGGACAUUUCUGGCAGAGGCUAGUAUUAUGGGACAGUUUGACCAUCCUAACAUCAUACGCCUUGAAGGAGUCAUCACUAGAGGGAAUACAAUGAUGACUAUAAUGGAAUAUAUGGGCAAUGGAGUCCUUGAUUCCUUCUUAAGAAAGCACGAGGGACAGUUCACAGUCCCCCAGCUGAUUGGAAUGCUCACUGGUAUUGCUUCUGGUAUGAAGUACCUGACAGAGAUGAGCUAUAUACACAAGUGUCUUGCUGCACACAAAGUCCUGGUGAACUCCAACCUGGUUUGCAAGAUAUCCGGGUUCCGUCAAAUACAGGAGGAUAAACUUGAUACCGUCUUUACUACCAUGGUAAGAAAGCCCCUUGUUCUUCAUUUAAAUUUUAUUUAUUUAAUGCUUCCUGUGCUGCUAUACAGGAAACAGGUUAUCCAGUACCAUCGCUACAGCACUGCCAGUGAUGUGUGGAGUUUUGGAAUUGUCAUGUGGGAAGUCAUGUCAUAUGGAGAAAGACCAUACUGGGACAUGUCCAAUCAGGAUGUCAUCAAGGCUAUAGAAGAUGGCUUUCGGCUUCCAGCACCAAUUAACAGUCCGCCAACUCUUCACCAGUUAAUGUUAGACUGCUGGCAGAAAGAUCGCAACGACAGACCAAAGUUCACUCACAUCCACAACAUUCUAACCAAACAGGUCCAGAGCCCAGACAAAACUAAAUCUGCCACUUCUACAGUAUCCAGCACCUCCAUCCCAUUGAUUGAACGAACUUUUACAACGUUCCCUUCAUUUAACUCUGUUGGAGAAUGGUUGGAGGCCAUCGAGAUGGAGAGGUACAAAGAUAACUUCACGGCAGCAGGAUAUUGUUAUUUGGAGUCUGUGGCCAGAAUGACAGUUCAGGAUGUAAUGAGUCUCGGGAUUAGUUCUUUGGAGCACCAGAAAACUAUUCUCAGUGGUAUUCAGACCCUGAGGGCCCAAGUUAUUCAGAUGCACGGACGUGGAGUGCAGGUUUGACGCAGGACAAAACAACACAA